AUGGGAGAACGAGGACCUGACCAAUGGUUAGAACAAAUUAAGAAAUGUGUAGCGUUAUCAGAAUCAGAUAUGAAACAACUAUGUGAAUUAGUUAAAGAAUUAUUAAUGGAAGAAUCCAAUAUUCAACCAGUUCAAUCACCAGUUACAGUAUGUGGAGAUAUUCAUGGUCAAUUCCAUGACUUAUUAGAAUUAUUCCGAAUCUCAGGAGGAUUACCUAAUGAAGAUAACAAUACUAAUUAUAUUUUCCUUGGUGAUUAUGUUGAUCGUGGAUAUUUUUCAUUAGAAACUUUUACAUUAUUAAUGGUAUUAAAAGUAAAAUAUCCUCAUAGGAUAACUUUAGUUAGAGGAAAUCAUGAAUCAAGACAAAUCACUCAAGUAUAUGGGUUUUAUGAAGAAUGCUUAACAAAAUAUGGUUCUACAACUGUAUGGAAAUAUUGUUGUCAAGUAUUUGAUUUCUUAACAUUAGCUGCCAUUAUUGAUGGGAAAAUCCUUUGUGUUCAUGGAGGAUUAUCACCCGAAAUUAGAAUGUUGGAUCAAAUUAGAGUCCUUUCUCGUGCUCAAGAAGUUCCUCAUGAAGGUGGGUUUUGUGAUUUAGUUUGGUCAGAUCCUGAUAAUGUCGAUACUUGGGCCGUAUCACCAAGAGGUGCGGGUUGGUUAUUUGGUUCAAAAGUAAGUCGAGAAUUUAAUCAUAUUAAUAAUUUAAGUUUGAUUGCUAGAGCUCAUCAAUUGGUAAUGGAAGGAUUUAGAUUCCAUUUUAAAGAAAAAGAUGUGGUGACGGUUUGGUCAGCUCCAAAUUAUUGUUAUAGAUGUGGGAAUGUUGCAAGUGUCAUGCAAGUUGAUGAUUAUUUAGAACCGAAUUUUAAGAUCUUUAGUGCUGUUCAAGAAGGUGGCGAUUUGGCAGUAAAGAACAAUGGAGCUAAACUGCUGAGAAGUGAUUACUUUUUGUAA